AUGUCUCAAUCCAGUCAGAAUGGAUCUGAACAACUCGGAGCCUGCCUCCAUCUGUCAGACGAUAUCUAUAUCAAGGAAAGGAACACUUUGACCGAGUCGUUGGCCUUGAGCGUGAACGUUAUCGCCGUUCGAUGCACCUCACCGAAUGUCUUUACCAUUGACUCUCCCAACUACCAACGUGACUUUCUUGAUGUCUCGGAGACAAUUCGCAGUAUCAUCUAUACUUUCAAUCCAGCUACCAAUACCUUGAUCGUCAAGAUGCCCGGUGAGACACAUGUGCACGUGGGAGCAGCUUUCGAUGACGCCGUUGGGGAUAUGAUUAGGACAAUGGGGAUUCGAGGGGCCUUUGUACCUUACCACGGGGACCACACAAAUGGCCAGCCCACACUAUCGCAGCACAUCGAGAUCCGGGGAAGUGACUCAGAGGAUGAAGUCAGUGUUACUGGGGCACCGCUCAUUAUCCCGUUCCAUCUUUUCUUUCUGCGGAAUCCAGUACCUCCCGUGGAAAGUGAUAUAAGCAUCGGCGAAGAAGGACUCAAGGAAAUUGGGACGUGGGUCUGGGGUGAACAGUCUUAUGUCAAAUUAUAA